AUGAGAAAAUCAUAAAGUUCAUUAUUGCUUAAAUCUUCCUUUAUGAGUCAAAGAUAAACACUUCCUACUCUCAUUCAGAAAAUUGGAGUUAGAUAUGCUACUUAAUAUGAAUUAACGACUCAGAAUAAUAUUCCAUCUCACCUCGAUAAUUUAGAACUAAUUAGAAUAUAAGAAAAAUAUAAAUGGAAAUGUGAAGAACUAGACAGAACAAAGUAGUCUAUAGAAAGAGAACAUAAAACUUUAGAAGAUAGAGCAAAUGUAAGUUUGUUAUUAUAUUUAAGUAAUUAAAAAAAGGAGAGAAGGAGAUUAGAAAAUUAACUAAUUUAAUUGAAGAAAAGUUAAUUUAAUUACAUUAACAAGAAGAAUCAUUAAGAGAAAGAGUUUAAUCAUUUGAAUAAAAAGUAAAAGAUUAAGAAUAACAAUUUAUUUUACUUCAACAAUAAUUAGAAGAAUAAUCAAAUUAAUUGAAUAUUGAAAAAAAUAAAUUAUAAAUAAGAGAAAAAAAUAUAAAAGAAAAAGAAUAUAUUACUGAAUUAAAGUCUAAAGAAAUUGAAUAGUAUAUAGCUAGAUUAAAGUAUUAUACUUAAAAUACAAAUUAGAAAGAAAGUAAAUUUUAUAAUUAAUAAUUUAGAUUAUUAUCAUUUAUAAAUUGAUAAUCUCAAUUCAAAUUUAUAAACUAUUGUUUAACAUGAAUUAUCAAUUAAAAAUAUUGAAUAAUAAUUAUCUCAAUAAGUCAAAUCACUUGAGAAAGUAGAAUAGAAUUUGAUUUAAUAACUCGAAAAUUGUAAAUAAUCUGAAUAGAUUAUUGAUUAAUAAGAAUUAAAAAUUUAAGUUAGUGAAGAUUUAAUCAAUCGUAAAUUAGAAUGGGAUUAAAAAUAAAUCAUCUCUGCUAAAAAUUCUCAAACAUCAUUAUUUAAUUUUGAAAAUUCGAGAAUGGAAAUUUCUCAUUUCGUACAUUCUGCUCUAUCAUAAAAUUAUUGA